UGACGAAGGGAAUACGGCACUCAGAAUCUGGUUCUGCCUCAAAUGUUCUUAACAUGGCUGUUGGUUCAACAAAUAAGGAGGAAUCUCGUCCUCCUUUACGUGCUCCCGGAUUCACAACGACAAAACUUUCCUCAUCUACCUUAAAACGCCUCGGGGAGCUUGAAGAGAAAGUUGACAUGCUGCAGUCAAAGCCUAAUGUGAUGCCAUACGAGAAAGAGGAGCUGCUCAAUGCUGCAGUUUAUCGUGUGGAUGCAUUGGAAGCAGAGUUGAUAGCCACAAAAAAAGGCUUUGAUAAAACAAGAAGAACUUAUGGCACACAUAGACAAUCAAGAAAGAGAGAAAUUCAAGAGAAAGGUUUGCUGGUAAAGAAGACAACGUGCAUGGUCGAGUUGUUCGAUGGGUGGUUUCAGUAUCAUACUUCUCUCCCUCCACAAAUAUAUACAUUAUAUGAGGAGAACCAAUUGACGGGCAAUGAUGUAUAAAAUUGCAGGGAAACGUUGGUUUGUAUUUCUGUCAUUUUCCAAAUAAAUUUUCAUGACAUCAUGUUAGAAUAAAAAAAUCACAGUGCACGAACAUAAGCAAUAUUUUGCUUGGCAGAAAGAUUGAUAAUGGUACAACACCGAUUAGACUGAGUUAAUUACAUAAUGAAACAGUAACUACUAUAUUACAUCGGA